UGCAUUCUAAUGCUGAAAUCACAGCGCUAGGGAGCUGUAUUCCUCCCGGCCUCUCUGUGGCGCUGAGGGCAGCGGGCUCUGCGCGGGGCACUGAGGGGAGCGGGGCCGGGCGGUGCCGGCGCGAGCCGCGCCUCGCGCGCCGGGCGCGUGCCGGGCCCGGCGGGGCGGCGCCCUCGCGCGGCCGGCGUUGGCGGCGUAGGGCGCGCGCCGCCGCGUGCGGUGACAGUUCGCCCGGCGCGAUGGCGAAGCCGCCGCUGCCGGCCGAUUUCCACCCUUCCUCCGUCGCCCUCUGGCCCCGCACCUUUCCCGUGAAGCUGUGGCUGCUGGUCAACAGCCCGUAUAUCGACUCGGUGCGCUGGGACGCCCGUGGCGAAGGGCUGUUGAUCGACCAGAGGCUCUUCGAGCAGGAGGUGCUGUGCGUGGGGCUCAGCACCGCUGGCAAGAAGGAGCUGUUCAAAACCAAGAACUUUAGCAGCAUCGUCCGCCAGCUCAACCUGUACGGGUUCCACAAGCUGAUGGUGAGCCUGGCCGGCAGCGCGCCCGGGGUCAGGCCGAGGCCGGCCACGGUGGAGGGCGACACCAGCUACGCUGAUGGGCCCCUGUACCACUUCUGGAACCCGUAUUUCCGCUACGGCCGCCCCGACCUCCUCGUAAAGAUCAAGAGAUGGACCAAGGCCAACAAGGAGAAGCUGGACGCCGGCCUGGAGGUGACCAGCCGCCUGCCCGAUGAUUUGCAGUACAUCCCUAGAAGCUGUGAGAAACCAUACACAACAUAGAGAAGAACGGAAGAACGGAAAGGAGAAAGGAAGACUUUGAGAUCUACUUUGGGAACAGACACAAACUGAAUAAUUUUCAAUGUUCUCAAAUUCAGGAAAAAAGUUAAUAGAAAAGUCAGUUAUUAUAUAAAUAAAAUAUUGCAUGAUGCAA